GCCGCCAGACAAAGAGAAGAGGCCGCCAGAGAAGCCGAAACCCAGUUGGAAAUGGCAAAAAUAUCGACAGAGUUGCAAGUGCUGCAGCGAGAAAGAGAAGAAGAAGCUGCCAUGGUGGAAGCAAAGUACAUAGAAGAAGCUGAAGGGUCGCGUGAUCUGACCGCAGUAAGAUCUACUUUAGAAAGGACCAGACUGGAACGCACAAGCGACUAUGUACAAUCUCAAAUAGACAGGCAGGCUCGUCUCCCCUCUCCAUACGUAUUCGAUAACUUCCCCAGCUACGAGGAACCUCAGAGAGUCACGAUUGCAUCACAUCCAUACGAGGAAGGAAAUUUACCCUCACGGCUCCGUGAUGAAGUCAAGAAUGAAAGAACCGACAACGCUCCUUCACCCCCACAACAGGACGGCGGGGAGGGAGAGGUUCACUCCAGGACAACAAUUGUCAGCUCGAACUGUACAGAAGUUUGCGGUCAAACUCAGUCAAGCCGUUCUUGUUCCGAGAUCUGCCUCACUGAGGUGUACCCUAAAGAAGCACAACAAGACAUUACCAAGCGUAAAGUAACCGACGAGACGCUAGGUCAGUCAGUUUUCGUUCAAACCGAGCACGGAAACAAACUUGCACAAUCAGCUCAAGAUACCAUUUCUUUAAAACCCAAAGACACCAAGGUCUUCAGAGAUGAAGCAAAUAAUGGGGUUGCCCCAUUGCCUAUCAGAGAACCACGCCAGCGCUCACCAGGUAACAAAGAGCAGGCAGUCAAACGGUUCACAUCCUUACGGAAAACCCAGAAAAGGAAACCUGAGAUGCAGCAACGCACCCGAUUGGCCCACGAGGUACUGUGCACCCUAAUGGCAGAGGUCACAGCCAUUAUAAACGCACAAUCAUUCCUACCUGUGUCUUCUGACCCAGAAAACCCCUUUAUACUUUCGCCAUCAACGCUCCUUACGCAGAAGGCAGGAGCACCUCCUCCACCAGGAGACUUCUCAGACAAGAAUUUGUACACAAAGCAAUGGAGACAAGUCCAGGCUCUGGCAAAUCAGUUCUGGUCCCGCUGGAGACAGAAAUAUCUACCCUCGUUGCAACAGAGACGAAAGUGGACAGAACCCCGCAGGAAUCUUCAAGUUGGAGACUUAGUCCUGCUCAGGGACAAGCAGAUCACCCGCAACAGCUGGCCAAUGGCCAGAAUCACUGCUACAUUCCCUAACGAGGAUGGACAUGUCAGGAAGAUCGAAUUGAAGACUACCGACCAAGGCGAUGUGAAAAUUUACCAAGGGCCAGUUACAGAAGUUAUUCUACUUCUACCCAAUGACUGAUUAAGAGACUAAGUUUUGUGCUCUGCUCAUUGUGACCUUACGAAGGUCAAGCGGGGAGUGUGCUGUCUUUACGACAGUUAUUUAGUUUAUAAUAUUUUCGCUUAGUAAUUCAUUCAAUAGUAUUUUCUAGUUAGAAUUAGAAGUGUUUAAAGUAUAUUCAUUGCAUGUAAAAUAUAUCGGCAUGCGAUGACGUCACAUCCGGUUUCGCCGCGUCUUGUGGGAAAACACCGGUUUGAAAUUAGCGCGAGGGUGGGGGCUUUCCACGAGGCUCACCUGAGCAGAAGUUGUUUGCAGGCAUGAGAAAUCACAGUGAGAGCAACGCUCUGCAGACAAGUUUCAAGAAAAGGCAGAUGCUUUGAAGACUGACACUUUGGCAGGUGCGACAUAGAGAUUUCUCCCGAUCUAGGGAAGACCUGCAUUUCUAAACUGCUUUUCAAAUCAUCUCAAACAGUCUUCCCCAGGGGAAAGAAAGCAUCAACCACAGACUAUGUCUCAGACAAUGACAAAGCAUGAUGUGGUCCAUC